GUUGAUAAAAACGAUUUUGUGCAUAUCAUUUUCAUUAUUAUUGAAAUAAGCAGCUAAAAGCAAAGGUAUGGUUAAUCUGCUCGAUACUCUUAUGAUUAAUACGGUGACGGAGGGAGCUGUGAAUGUUUUACGCAACAUAGGUGUGUUUCAAAGUAAACCAGUCGAAGCUCCUAAGCCGAUCGUUAUCAGGAUGUCGUUAUGGCAGCUUGCUCAGGAAGCUGGGCCUUUUGUGCGCCUGGCGGGGCUCAGUGGGGCCAGCGCUGUCGUUCUCGGAGCGAUGGGAGCUCACCGCACCUUCCCCGAAACGGAAACAAAGGAAGAUCUCAAGAAAAUAUUUGAAACAUCCAACAGAUUCCACUUCCUCCACACCCUCGCUCUCAUGACGGUGCCACUUUGCAGAAGACCCUAUAUAGCUGGGUCUUUUUUCAUAGUUGGUAUGGGUCUUUUCUGCGGCACAUGCUACUACCACGCCUUCACCGGUGAAAGGCGUUUACGUCGGCUUACUCCGAUUGGAGGUUCCUGCCUCAUUCUCGGCUGGUUGGCAAUGGUACUUUAAGAUUUUGGUGUUUUUGUAGUCACUAUCUAUUGUUCGCUAUUGGUUAAGGGAAUGUAGCGGGAAGGGAGUGAUAGUAAAGUCAUUCCAAUUAUUUUGAUUUUAUUAGACGUGAGAAUUAUGUGACAAAGUAAUGUUAAAUGUACUGUACCAUAUUAUAUAUAUUUUAAGAGUUACUUAGUUACCCACAAACAACUUUUUCGUGUAAAUAAUACAAUGC